AUGGCCUCAAAAACGACGUACGAGCCUCUGCUCGUAACACUCACCUUCACCCCGGGCGGCUUCCAGCAGACCAAGAUCCUCUCUAUGGCACCGCAGACAACCCCCUUCACACCACCCAACGACCUCUGCUCUCCCGUCGACAUUCGCUGCCUUGUGGGCAAGAUGGAAGAUCUCACGGGGGACGUCGAGUGCCUGCGAGACCAAGUCGUGGCCGAGACCACAGCCAGCCUACCAACGCAAUGCUUUCCCGAGAGUUACGCCGCAAUCUGGCGACCAUCCGGGAAUACAUUCAGCGACGUCGCAAGCGUAGCCUACCCAGGCACAGCCUGCAUCUCCGGCUGGACAACAGCGUGCGAGACAACCCUGACCCUCGAGAGCGCGCAGACGUACACCCAGACGUGGUGCUGCCCGAGCUCGUACACCUGCCUCGUGCCCACGCCGGGCGGGACGCCCUACCGGGACUGCGUCAGUCUCCUGAGCACGAACACGGAGAUCUGGAUCAACAAUAUCGCGACGAGCGGCGGGCGGGAGUCGACGCUCUGGAGCUCGUGGAGGGAAAUCUCCCUCACCGGUCUCCCCAGUGUUGCCGGGGGACCCCUCUCGGUCAAACACCCCGUCUUUCCGCUCUACGGUCGUGUUCCCUCCUCCCAAGCCUCUGGUGUUGCUGGAGGGGCAGGUCUUUCGACUGGUGCUAUUGCGGGGAUCGCGGUUGGAGCGGUGGUGCUGGUUCUCUUGCUACUCGGUGCCGGGAUACUUAUAUGCCUUUGGAAGAGGAAGCAAAAGAGGGCUGGGGCCGUCAUUGCCGCGCAGAAUGAGGGCAAUACGGGCAAUGAAGGAUAUGGGCAGAAAGGGUUCGGGUACGAUGCGAAGCAAGAGUUACCCGGCCAUGGAACAGAGAUGACGGAAGUCGACGCUGCCACGCCGCCUCCCGUUGAGCUUUCGGCUUAUACGAGAGCUGCGGAAGUGGAGGGUAGCCGCCCUGCUGAACUAUCGUGA